AUGGUGGAACAUAAUAAUAAUAAUGGCCCGACCGUCCUUCCAAGAAGCCACACUCUGCAGCAAUCGCAGCAACUACCACAGCAGGCUGUGCUGACCUGCCCACACCUGGGCACUCUGUCGUCCAUCGUUGGAAGUGCUGGACCCCCCGUCGCCAUCACCAGUAUGAAGUUGUUGGACUGUCUGACCUUAUCCACCUUUAUUUUUUCCAAGUGCUUGGCCACAACCUGCACGGUUCUGCACUACUACAGCUUUGACGAUGGCGACCUGGUCACAGGAUUUCUCGCAACCGGUACAUUCUGUGGAUUCAUCGUCAUCCUGACCACAGUAAUGAUCGGCUACCUCAUGAAGGCACACAUCCACCGCCGAUUGAACCUAUUCUACAGCCUACUUGGAUGCGGUCUGUUUCUUACCUCCGGAGUGUUCAUCAUCAAAGCCUGGGAGCACGCCUAUCGGACGCGAACUCGGGACCUGGCAAUCACCAAGGGUUCGGUGGCGCUCAUCAACGGGGUUAUCUUCCUGAUGGAUGCCAUUUUUACCUUUCGCGACCGGAAGUGACCUGUGGAAAGGGACGGACGCCAACCGUAAAUCGCAUUAGUGGUUUGAACACCAGUGCCAAGUUACUAAAAAAUUCUCAAACAAAGCCACCAGUUCAAUGACCGGAAAUCAUCACACAGACACACUCUGAAACAAUCGUUUUAAAUUUAGUCCUCCGAAACAACAAUUGGUUCAAUUUUCAUCGAUUGCUCCAUCGAAAAAAGAUGGGCCACAGGGAGGAGGAUGAAGGGAUGCAGUAGCGAAUCGAAUCAAGCAAAUUGCAUUGGAUUGAAUUCAUUACUUUGGCCCCGACCAACCGCAACCGAACGAGAGUCCCACAGUCAUCAUAGACAGACAUAGGCCACGCUAAACACUGUUCCCAAAACAUCAAUUCUG